GUUUACUUCCGGUUGGCUGCUGAAGAGAGAAAGAUCUGAAAUUCGAUCUUUUAGCAGUGUCUUAAGCAAACGUUCAGGAUUGGGUGUGUCAUGACAGUGAGGAUGUAGCUGCGAAGAGAUGCAGAUGUCAGAGAGAUGUGGACAAGUGAGGUUAUGGUGAUGGCAGGAAGUAGAGACAUCUAGAACAAUGGCCGAGUCUGAACAUGGAUAUCUACGUAUGGAAGACCAAGAAACCCGCCCGAUCUUUGUUGUUGGAGAUGACACUGCCUUCAGUCAGCUGUAUAUGGAGAGCCAUGAAGAUAUUGCCGCCAUCACAGUGGGCGUGUGUGCCAUGGCUAAAAAAUGUAACUCAAAACCCAUGCGCGAGAUUCUACAGCGUCUUGAGUUAUUCGAACACAUCAAAACAUUGGUGUUUGAGGAAGAUGUCAUCCUAAAUCAGCCCAUCGAGGAGUGGCCGGUGGUAGAUGUCCUCAUAUCUUUCUUCUCCCAGGGAUUUCCUCUUGAUAAAGCCAUAGAGUAUAAAAACCUACGAAAGCCGUACAUAGUUAAUGAUUUGGAGGCUCAGAAAGUUUUGUUGGACAGGAGAUUGGUUUAUGAAAAGCUGGAAGCAGAAGGCAUCAUCCAUCCCAGAUAUGCUAUAUUAAACAGGGAGGGAAAUGGAACGGCUAAAUGUCAGUACACUGAUGCGGAGGACUGUAUCGAGGUAAAUGGCGUGGUGUUUCACAAACCCUUUGUAGAGAAGCCUGUGUCAGCCGAGGAUCACAAUGUUUACAUCUAUUUCCCUGUGGCGGCCGGUGGAGGUAGUCAACGACUCUUCAGGAAGGUUGGUCCCCGGAGUAGUGCCUACUACCAAGUCAAUCGUGUACGCCAAUCUGGCUCCUACAUCUAUGAGGAUUUUAUGCCAACCGAUGGAACUGAUGUAAAGGUGUAUACAGUUGGUCCUGAUUAUGCACAUGCUGAGGCAAGAAAAUCACCAGCCUUAGAUGGGAAAGUAGAGCGUGACAAAGAUGGAAAAGAAGUCCGGUUUCCUGUGAUUCUGAGUGCCAAAGAAAAACUCCUGGCUAGAAAAGUGUGCCAGGCAUUCAAGCAAAAUGUGUGUGGGUUUGAUCUCCUCAGGGCCAGCGGUAAAUCUUACGUCUGUGAUGUUAACGGAUUCAGCUUCGUGAAAAACUCCAUAAAGUAUUAUGAUGACUGUGCCAAAAUACUAGGAACCAUGAUUAUGCGUGCAUUAGCUCCUCAAAGACACAUCCCGUGGGUUUUAGGGGCAGCCCCAGAGGAUAUCCCUGUAGUGCCCACCACCUCCGGCUCUAUGAUGGAACUAAGGACUGUCGUAGCGGUUAUCAGACACGGCGACCGUACACCAAAGCAGAAAAUGAAAAUGGAGGUCAAACACAAAAAAUUCUUCGAUCUCUUUAAGAAAUAUGAUGGCUAUCGUACCGGACAUUUAAAACUGAAGAAACCAAAACAGCUCCAGGAAGUGUUGGACAUUGCCCGAUUCUUACUGUCUGAACAGCAGUCGUCAUCAGAUCCAGAAAUAGCAGAGAAAAAGGCAAAACUACAACAGCUUAAAUUAGUGUUAGAAAUGUAUGGUCAUUUUUCUGGAAUCAAUCGGAAAGUUCAGCUCAAAUACCAACCAUACGGCCACCCAAAGAAGUCGUCGAGUGAGGAAGAUUUGAGUGGUGAGAUUGAACAAUGCAGUUUUGAUGAAAACUGUGAAAACAAUGACUAUCCACGCCAGCCAUCUUUAUUAUUGAUUGUGAAGUGGGGAGGGGAGUUAACUCCAGCAGGCAAAAUUCAGGCUGAAGAUCUGGGAAAGGCUUUCAGGACUCUUUAUCCUGGUGGACAAGGUCAGUUUGAGACACCAGGGUUGGGCUUCCUUCGACUCCACAGUACUUUCCGACAUGACCUUAAGAUCUAUGCUUCUGAUGAAGGCCGAGUCCAGAUGACCGCUGCAGCAUUUGCUAAGGGGUUACUGGCCCUGGAAGGGGAGUUAACUCCGAUCCUCGUACAGAUGGUGAAGAGUGCCAACACAAAUGGUCUUCUGGACAAACAGGGGGAAACCUCGAAAUACCAGCACACAGUCAAAGAGCGCCUUAUGACCAUGUUAAAUGUGAACAAGGAGUUUGAUGAAGCAGACUACCAAAAGUUGGCCCCAACAAAGACAGAUUCCUUGAGCCGAGCCCUGAAAUUCAUUUCAAACCCUCAGAAAAUGUGUCGCAAUAUCCACGAUAUGGUCAAGGAACUGACAGCUCAGAUACGCAGACUCAAGAUGGAGCAUCGACAUCGAGAACUCAAGCUGUACAAUGGAGAAUCAUGGGAAUUGUUGAUCCGUCGCUGGGCGAAGCUGGAGAAGGAUUUCAAAAUGAAGGACGGCCGUUUUGACAUCAGUAAAAUACCAGAUAUAUAUGACUGUAUUAAGUACGAUUUACAACACAAUCAGUCUACUCUACAGAUCAGGAAGGCAGAGGAUCUGUUUAAAUGUUCACGGGCCAUGGCUGACAUAGUUAUACCUCAG